UCGAGUCAGAGACAGGCAAAUUUACGGCAAGCCUAUCGCCGUCGUGUUGACACUAAACAUCGCCAACUCACCUCGGUACCUCGACACGGGCGCCCAGGAGGUCAUUUUGAAAUCGGAAAGCUAUCAAGGACCCAAAACUCUGGAGACGUGGACAGUCUGGAUUAUUAUAGUAACGUUAGCGGGCUAGGAAACGAAGACAUUCAUGAAAACUGACUCUGACCGGUAGAAAAUUAACGUUACUGGCCAAACGUAAAGUUUUCUGUUUGUGUUAGUAAAUGUUGUGACAUAAAAAGUACUUCGUAAGAGUUGGUGUAGAGAGACGGGUGAACCCGAGUUGUCAUACCCGAUGACUACUGCAAACUGCACCGGGAAUGAGGAGCUGGACUUCAGACUGAUCUUCGGUGAGGACGGGCAACAGCAACCGCUAGGCCCCGCAGACCUGGAACCUGAUGACAACACGUCGUUCUACAUCCUCAGUGGUCAAUCGGUGGUCAAUCAGUCCAUCGGCAUACCCCGACAUGGCAUGCAGUCACAUUCACACUCGCAGGUCAUCUCGACCUCACCGCGGCUUCAGUCGCACAAAGUUUUCGACCCCGGCUACGGGCUGCAGCAGGACUCCAGCAAGUGCAGCCAGCCGCCGGGCAGCGGGCAGCCGCCCAAGGCCUUCGAGUGCCCGAGCAUCCAGAUCACCUCCAUCUCGCCCAGCUGCCAGCAGGAGAUGGACGCCAACGACGACGACAAGGGGCACGACAGGGACUACCAUCACGACCGGCCCAUGUCGCGGGACCACCUGUACCUCCCCCUAGACCACUCCUACAGGGAUUCCUCGCUCAGUCCGAGCCCCUGCAGCAGCCUGUCGUCCCGGAGCUGGUUCUCGGACGCGUCCUCUUGCGAGUCCUUCUCGCACGUGUACGACGACGUGGACUCGGAGCUGAACGAGGCGGCGGCGCGCUUCACGCUGGGCUCGCCGCUCACGUCGCCCGGCUGCUCGCCCCAGGCCGGCGGCCUCGACGAGCCCUGGCAGCCGCAGCACCAGCAGCAGCAGCAGCACCACCACCACCCGGCCUUCGCCCACUCGCACUCGCUCUCGCCGCGCCAGUCGCCCUGCCACUCGCCGCGCACCAGCGUCACCGACGAGAACUGGCUGAGCCCGCGGCCGCCCUCCAGGCCGUCGUCGCGCCCCACCUCGCCCUGCGGCAAGCGCCGCCACUCCAGCGCCGACAUCUGCUACCCGGGCUCCGUGUCCCCGCACCACUCCCCGACGCCCACCCCGGGGCCCUCCCCGAGGGGAAGCGUGACAGAGGACACCUGGAUCGGAAGCCCGUCGCUGGGCAUGUCUCCGUUCCAGUGCUGUCCGUCCGAGGCCGACAUCCCCUCGAAGACCCGCAAGACCUCGCAGGACCGCUCGCCGCCGCUCCAGUCCGGCAAGGGUGACCUGGGGCUGGACGAUUCAGGAAACGUCUCUCCGCUGUUGGACUCCCCGGCGGAGGAGGCCCUGCACGGUCUGAAGAAGGACGGUCCGGGAGAGCAGUUUCUCUCCGUGCCCUCCCACUUCACCUGGAACAAGCCCAAGCCGGGACACACGCCCAUUUUCAGAACAUCAUCACUGCCUCCGCUGGACUGGCCCUUACCGAGCCAGUUCGGACAGUACGACCUGAAGAUCGAGGUCCAUCCCAAGGCUCACCACCGGGCGCACUACGAGACGGAGGGCAGCAGGGGGGCGGUGAAGGCGGCGUCUGGGGGACACCCCGUGGUGAAGCUCCUGGGCUACAGUGAGAAGCCUGUCAAUCUGCAAAUGUUCAUUGGGACGGCGGACGACCGCUACCUGAGGCCGCAUGCCUUCUACCAGGUGCACCGGAUCACAGGGAAAACGGUUGCCACUGCAAGCCAGGAAAUCAUAAUCACCAGCACAAAGGUUCUCGAAAUACCUCUCCUUCCCGAAAACAAUAUGUCUGCCAGCAUUGACUGUGCAGGGAUCCUGAAGCUAAGGAACUCGGACAUCGAGCUGAGAAAGGGCGAGACGGACAUCGGGCGGAAGAACACGCGUGUGCGGGUGGUGUUCCGAGUGCACAUCCCACAACCCAACGGGAAGGUGCUGUCUCUGCAGGCGUCGUCCAUCCCUAUAGAGUGCUCCCAGCGCUCGGCUCAGGAGCUCCCCCAGGUAGAGAAGUGCAGCCUGUCCAGCUGCGUGGUCAGCGGGGGGGAGGAGAUGGUCAUCAGCGGCUCCAACUUCUUCCCGGAGUCCAAGGUCAUCUUCCUGGAAAAGGGCCCCGAUGGACGACCCCAGUGGGAAGUGGAGGCGAAAAUUGUCCGUGAAAAGAGUCAGGGGUCGAGUCUGGUGGUGGAGGUUCCGCCGUACCACAGCAAGACGGUGACCUCCGCAGUCCAGGUGCAGUUCUAUGUGUGUAAUGGGAAGAGGAAACGGAGCCAAUCCCAGCGUUUCACUUACCUGUCAGUGUUGGUGAAGCAGGAGCACAGAGACGAUUUGGACGCGUCCACUGUGGCGUCCAUGCCCCUGCCCCUAGCUCACGCUGGCGGCGGCCUGGUCCGGACCCAGAUGCCCUCCCCCGAGCCAGGCCACCCGCAGGACGGCCUUCUGUCCAGCUCCCCCCGCGGCCUGGCCCCGGGCCUGCACCCCCUGCAGUCCCCCUGCGGCCCCCCCAUGGGCUCCCCCACCUUCCCCCACCUGCCUCACCUGCAGGGCCACGGGCUCCACGCGGGUCCCGAUUGUCAGAUGGCGUUCCACGCGGGGCCCCAUCCGCACCCCCACCCGCACCCUCACCCCCAUCAACAUCCCUCCCGGCCUCCCUACCAGCCUAUGCAGCACGGGCACGGCCUGCCCUUCAACGGCCAGCCCAGUCUUCCCAUGAGCACCGGCGGUGGCGGCGUCCCGGGCUCCCCGCAGGGCUUUGAGCGGAUGCCGUACCAGGCCGACCCGGCGGCGUGCCACUCCCAUGCCCUGGGCCUGGGCCUGGUGUACCACUCCGCCUCCUCGCUCCCCAACUCAGGGCACUCCCACUCCCCCACCAGCCCCCUACCGAUAGUCUCCGCCGCCGCUGGCUCCCCCAGUGGUCAGCCCAUGGCCCACUCCUCCCCACACCUGCACUCGCUGGGCUACCACUGCCCCAACCCUGCCCAGGUGUCUUCGCCCACCCACUCCAUGGGCCAGCAGCAGCAGCAGCAGCAGUCUGCGCCUCCGAUGCAGCGACCCAUGGGGGGCUACCACCCCGCCGGCCAGCGCUCCGCCUCCUGCCCGACGCCCUCCAGCGCCCCCCAACAGCAGCAGCAGCAGCAGCAGCAGCGCAUGGUGCCCUCCCCCCAUUCAGGGCCCUCGUCCCCCCAGCUCCACUCCCUGCCCUACCAGUCCCCCACCUCGCCCUCUCCGACCGCGGGCAGCCCGCUGGGGCCGAUGUCCCACUCCAGCCAGCCUUCUCCCCAAGCCAGCAGCCCAGUGCUGGGCAGCCUGCCCUCGGCCGCGCCCAUGGUGCACCCGCUGGGCCCCCAGGCACCCUUUCCUGCAGACGGCGAGCGGCUGAGCAUCAAGCAGGAGCCGGAGGAGCGGGAGCCCACCUUCAGAUCCAUUGGCCUGCAGGACAUCACGCUGGAUGAUGUAAACGAGAUCAUCGGCAGAGACAUGUCCCAGUCUCCGGGGUCUCACCACGCGGUCCCCCCACCCCACAGCCAGUCCUAGCGCUGCCAGCCCAGCCCUAGCGCCACAGCAGGAGCAGCAGCAGCAGGCCAGGCCCCCGGUAUCUGCCCAGGAGCCCUCGGCCCUCACAGCUGCACUGCAGCAGCGGCCCCUCAGCAGCCACACUCUGCCUUUCUCCUCCUCCUCAUCGUCAUCAUCAUCGUCAUCACUCAUCUUCAGCUCUGCGGCGCCCUACUGCUUUAGCUUAUGCACACACACACACACACACACACACACACACACACGCACAUACUCAAGCAUGUAUACUCCAUUUACUACCAUUUACACCAUUACACGCCUAUAACAUCUGCAACUGCAAUAGCACAGAAAAAAAAUUGUACGGGCUCAAAACAUGUACUUGCUCAAACAUAAACGCACACACAUGCUGACAUACAGACAUUCACACCUCAGAUUUGUGAUUUUAACAAAGAGGUAUGCUUCAUAGAACUUUAGACUCACUAAUCCAGCUGCCAGCUAGCAAAGAAGCAAAAGCAGAUCAAUCAAUGCAAUAUGAGGCCAGUCCACUGCCCAUCUGUCUGCGCUAAUGAAGAGAGCCAUGAUGAAUCUGCUUACCCUGGGCUUCUAAUGGCCAACCUGUGUGUUAGGGAAUCUUUGGGAGAUAGCUGGAAAAACAAGGGUCUACCACAUUCAUACAGGUGCAGUAUCCACUCACACAGAUAUGCGCGCGCGCACAAACACACACACACACACACACACAUAUACACACACACACAUACAUACAUACACACACACACACACACACACACACACACACACACACUCACACUCACACUCACACUCACACUCACACUCACAUACACACACACACACACACACACACACACACAAACAAACAGAGUGAUGCUUGUCCGACCAGCAGUCCCCACCACCCCUGUCUGUUUUGGUACAGCUGAGUACUAGAGAUGCGUCCGAUGCUCUCCUGGGUUCGGCAAUAUGCAACAUUCCACACUUCUUGUGACCUUUCAGCAUUGUAGAUAGUCUGUUUUAUUGUACUCCUCUCCCCCACCCUUUCUUCAGGUUUAACAAAUGCCUUAUUAAAGUCUAGCAGCUUUGAAUGACAGAAGAUGCUUUAAAAUAUAUAACGUUACUUUUUCUUGCACAGUUGACCUUUGUGCUGAUGACGUGGUUGAAGCCUAAAAAAAAAAAAAGCGUAUUAUAUUAGAAUUAGCUGUAGGGUUAGAUAGCAUUAGAGUUGCAAUUUUCUGGAUUGCUAGCGUGUUGGUCAAGUGUUACUUUAUUUCAAUACAGUGGUUUCUUGCAAUGAGUGAUUGUGGACAAAUAUUUUAUUUUUUGUUUGUCAAAAGUCAAAGACUGAAAUGAGCAGAUACGAACUGUGUAUUUAUGCUAGAGUAGGAAACGCAUGUCAACCCUACUGUAUUAGGAAUAUAGAAGGGAAGGGAAUCCAGAAUUUGGUUGAUUGCUGGGGGUUCAGCCUCGGUAAUGAUAUAUUAUGAGAUGAACAGGGACUUAUGUGUGCCUUUGACUUUCCACUUUUCUAAGCAGCCGUGUGUAGAUGAAACCUAGCUAUCGUUCAGAAUAAACCCCACCCUGUUUAUGCUGAAUUUGACGUCAGUAGACAGACCGCAAUUAAGUGGUUGUAUUGUAAUUGUAUUUAUUUUUUUGUGUGUAUGUGUGUGUAUGUUAGUUUGUGUGACACAAGCACACAUACACACACAUAUUUCCAAAACAACCCUGUCCCAGAGCGGAUAUGGUUUUUAUUCACAGAAAUGUUGCAUCCUGACAAUCAAAGACUAGUUCAAAUUGCAAUGUGGUCACAAAAUUGCACUAUUUGGACGUAACAGAGACGCACAAAAAAUCCCAUUUGGCAAAAAUAAACUGUAGAGCACUGUCCAUUUUUGUAAGCAUAGUUUGUAUGUUAAUCAGGAUGGUAGUUCCAACAUUGCACCAGGAGGGCAUUUCAAGGGUUGGUUUGGCAAAUGUACAAAAACCAAACAAACAUACACAAAAAAAAAAACAGUGACAGCUUAUGGCAUGUAGCUUUGAAAUGAAAUGGUUCUUAUUAACAACUUCUUUGAGCAUGUGUUCUGUCGGAUAGUGGGCAGGGAAUUCCAACUUUGGGAAAUACUCCUGUAAUUCAUGAAGACAAUAACACAAAUUUACAACAAUCUGUGAGACAAGGGACAAAUUACAAGAAUUUGAGAGCAGACUUGCAUGAAGACUGACUUGAUAAAUGGUGUUGAGCUCAAUAAUGUAGUCACAAGGUGCAGUUCAUCUGUAAGACUACAGAUUUUUUGGCUAACGUGUUUAGAAGUUUCAUACAAACAAAUCUAUGAAGAAUUGUAACGGCUCCUUGCCUUAUUUUUUUUUUCUAAAUUGACAGUGAUGUUGCAUGUAUAUUUUUGUAUUCUGAGGGAAAAAAAUGGUACAGCCACUUAAUAGGGUUUUUUUUUUUAGUUUGUAAGACUAUAGCUAUAUUGACGACUGUUAAUUUUUGUCCAAGAGAAAAAUGGAAAAAGAGACAAAUCUGCUAUGCACUAAGAACCUGCCUGAUGCCUUUUGAGAAAAAAAAAAUCAUUUAAAAAAAAAAAAAGACAACCUUGAUGCCUCUAGGUGUAGCUCCUGAGAUGCUUUCUGUUAGACUAGCAUGCCACAUGUCCUAUUCCCACAAGAGAGGGUUGGAGGGGUUUGCAUUACUGCCUUGGUUUUAAAAAGAAAAGAAUGAAAAAUGACAAAAAAACAACAGUGCAAGCGUCUUAACAGAUUGUUUUUGUGUGUGUGUGUGUGUGUGUGUAUGUGUGUGCAUGUGUGCGCGCAAGAGCGUGUGUGUGCGUGUGUGCGCGCAAGAGCGUGUGUGUGUUUGCGUGCGUGUGUGUGUGAGAGAGGGCGUGUGUAAAUUGUGUUCUUGAGUGUUUCUAUUCAGUAGACUGUAGAUAUGAUUUUUUUCUCUUUUUUUUUCACUUUUUUUGGAUUUCAAUAUUGAGAAAGCACACAAAUUCAUGAGGCUAUGCAAAAUGAAAAUCUGCAACUUGAUUUUGGUGAUAUCCAGCAUCAGGUAAAAAAAAAUGGAACAGUAAAUUAUGUUUUUCCUCUGCAUUUAACCGGUUGUAUGUAAACCAUUACAUACAGCAGUUGAGGAUCAUGAUGCCACUCUUGAGUUAUUUAAUUUAAUCUAUCAAACAUACUGUAGGAAAGCCUUAACUUGUGUUUGAAGUACAGAUUACUGAUUUGGGUGUAAACCUUUGGGAUUAAUUUAGGACUGGGUUUGAUCUGUUGAGGCAGGAUGUCACUGGGGCUGGUUCCAAGGGCCCUUACUGGUAAACCCUCAAUGUCUAAGACAAGACCAGUCCUCACAGUAACUCCUUUUCUAUAAGAAACCAAAGACCGAACAUGUUCCCAUUUUACAUGCUGGUAACAACAGACUUUAGAACUCUAUUUUUGAUACUUUAAAGUGGAUGUCAUUCCUAAAGGUUGGUGAUAUAUAAAUAUAUAUGCAUAUAUAUUAUAUAUCUAUAUAUAAAAUGUUUUGUAAAUUAAAAGGGAAAUACAGGUUAGCAAAUGUUUACGGAGCCUUGUAUUGUCAUUUCAUGUACAUUUUGUAUUUUAACAUUUUGUAAUUUUUAAGACUGCAGUGCUUUUUGAAAUUAUUCAAAGGGAAUACCUUGCAUUGUAGGCUCUUCUAUGGUAAUGUAUCAAUAAAAAGGAAAAUCCCCA